UGUGUCCUCGGUGGGUGUAUGUCUGGUGUGUCUGGGGUGAUUCCCGGCGGAGAAGUGCGAUAUUGGAUUGGGCGGAGGUGGGAGGGGAGAAUGAGAAUGCGAAAUAGCGAGGGGUGGUGGAAUGGGGAUAAGAUGGGAUGGGAUGGGGGGGAGGACUCCCUACUGCUAGUACUUAGGCAUGAACGUCCGCCCGCGCCGCAACGAAGCUUAGGAAUUUUUUUUGUUGUUUCUCUUUUGAUUUGUUACAGGCGCACAGCUGGUUGGGAUUGGUAUCGAUCGUUGUACUGUGUUUUCUUAUUCCGAGGGUAUGUAUGCGGUGAUCGCGGGUGAUGAUCUUCCAUUCACUCAUUCACUCACUCGCUCACUCGUUCCUUCGGCCGCUCUUUCGCUUUCGCUUUCACUUCCACCCUCGCUCUUUUGAUUGUGGCUGUGUGCGAUCCGGGAAUUCCGACAACCUCCACCCAUACAUACCUCAUACCUCAUACAUUCACCGAUACAUCGCCACGAUGUCCCCAUCGUUCCCAGCACCGCUCGCCAUUCUGUUACUCAUCUCCCCGGCCCUGGCUUCCCCCCUACCAGCCACGGCGUCGGCGUCGGCCGAGCAAGCCGUAGUAGCAACACCCAUCGCCACCUCCCCCGCCACGGUCGUCGAAGCAAUCACGGACUCGGACUCCUCCCCGGACUCCUCGUCAUAUGCGCCCACCCGGCUGAUCCCCGGCAUGACCAAUUCCGCGGCAAUAAUAAUGCUCGUGAUAAUCGGCUGCGUCCUCAUCCUGGUGCCGAUGUUCGGGUACAUCUGGACCCGUCGUGGUAGACGGUUAUCCCGAGUUGCCCGUGUGGCGGGGGAAAAGGAUGUGGCGGGCGGGCUGGGGAGGUCGGAGAGGUCGGAGAGUAAGAUCUCGCUGGUUAAUGCGGUCAUGAGGAGGGAUACGGCGGGGAGUGCGGAUACUUGGAUGGACGAGGUUAGGAUGCCGACGAGGGUUUUGACGCUGCAGAAGGAUCGCGGCGAGGGUGGCUGCGGUGUCGUCAGGGCGGUUGAUGUUUAAAAGUUCGGGGGCGUUAGGACGUGGUGGUUAAUGUUAUGCCCGCCUGUCUGAAAUCUGGUUGUCGGGAGGCUGUUGUUUAUGCAAGUGACACCUUGUGCGUAGAUACCUGGUGGAUGGUGGGGUUAGU